AUGAGCAAAGGGAUGAGAAUUAUGACGGAGCAGCUCAAUACAAUCGAUGUGAUUAUAGAAGCGAGAGAUGCGCGUAUACCGCUUACAGGGAUAAAUUAUCAGUUUGAAAAGAUGAUUAAGAGUGGCUGGUCUAAUAGAGCCAAGCUCGGCGGUAUCACUGAGCGUAUCGUAGUUUAUACGAAGCGUGAUCUCGCCGAAGAAAGAUAUGAGGGUCCUCUGAUACGCUCGUUCAAAAACUUGGCUGGUCAGCAUGUCGUCUUUACCGAUAGCAAGAACGACAAAGAUCCACGCGUCGUUCAGCGGCAGCUUGUCUCCAUUGCUAAAGAACACGACGUCCCGAAACUCAAUGUACUCGUCACCGGUAUGCCAAAUGUCGGUAAAUCAACUUUUUUGAAUGCGCUGAGAAGGGUAGGAGUACACAAAGGAAAGGCAGCUAUUACAGGCUCAGAUCCUGGCGUUACUCGCAAACUAACAGGCACUGUCAAGAUAAAUGAAGAUCCUAACGUCUAUAUAUACGAUACACCCGGAAUAAUGGUACCGUUUCUUGGCCAUGAUGAAAUGGGAUUGGAAAUGGGCCUAAAGCUAGCAUUGACAUCGGGAAUUAAGCCCGAUUUGAUAGAGACGGAAACAAUACUUGAUUAUUUACUUUACAAACUCAAUUUGAGAGACGCUGCCCAACAUUCUCCGUACCAAUCGCAACUACCGCUAGGGAAGAAUUAUCCUCCAACAAAUGACAUAUACACACUGCUGGAAGACUUGGGCAGACGCAUAGGUGCGCUUCGGAAAGGUGGGAUUGUCGAUAUAGAUAAUUCAUCGCAGUUCCUUAUAAACGCAAUGCGCCAUGGCAAGUUUGGUCGGUGGACAUUAGAUGAUUUUCCAGGAAAUGGUGAAGAUAGUGUAGAUUCGCGCGUACACUCCACUCUCAAGACUCAUAUCGAUAGACAGCAACACAACAUAGACAACGAGAAUGAGCGUCGGAGUAAAUCGAGUAUCCUAAAGCAGGAAAAGAGGGAAGCGGCUGCAAAACGCAAAGAGAAGCAUAAAAAAAGACAGUAG